AACAAAAUUGGUCCAAGUACUAAGUGCGCAAAAAAUGGCCAAUGUUUUUCUACAUCACUACCUCGUGUUGGUUCAGCAUCAGAGGUGACGGAAUGUUGCCACCUAUCAGUGCGGAUGAAAGGCGCUGAGGCAGACUGGACGCCCAUACAAUGCACAGACAGGGAGUGUAGCCACUCCUUGAUGAAGGCUCCGCAUCUGCACUGUCCAUUCUGCUCCCAGGACAGUCUCUUCACUGAGGAGAUUCUCCUCAAGGCGCACUACGUACAGGGUCAAGUACGUGGAUAAAGGCAUCAACUUUGGGGGAUGUCAACCAGAUCUUCACCACAUACACUGACCCAGCACCCAACAGUACCAGCCUGGUAACACACCUCAUAGUCCCCCAGUCACAGCAGCCAUCGGAGACAGACACAUCAUCCCCGGGGCUAUGAGCAGACUGAUGGGCAGCAGCCGCAGAUCGAGUACCAGUAUGCCUGCAUAAAUGAUCCGAGUCAGAGCACUGCCAAUGGGGAAGUUGUCCUUAUUGAAAUACCAGAUGAAGGAAGCAAAGAGGAUUUGGAGGACGAGACUUGCUACACAGAGCACAACUUGUCGCUGCUGCUGCAGGAGAAGGAAAGUCUGGAGAAGACUCUUGAGGAGGAGCGGACCACGUGGGCCCAGACAGAGCACAGAAUGAAAGGUACUAUAGAAAGGCUUCGUACAAAGGUUGAGUAUUUGUCCAACACAAACAUGUCACUCAAGCAGCAGCUGUCCAUGAUUCACACGUCCAGUUUGAAACAUCUAACCAACGACAGCGAGAACCAGUCCAUUUUGCAAGAGUUACUGCAACACAUGUCUGAGGAGCACACCCAGCUGCUGCACCACCAUCUAGCACAGCUACGGCUGUACGCUCAGGCCUGUGCAUUAUCCAAAUCAGCCCCCGAGGAAUCUGCAGCUGAAUCUACAGUCUUGGUACCAGACCUGGCUGACCAAUCACAGGACAUCUCACACAUGGCCAUGAUGUCGUCCUCGGAGGGCACCCUUGGGAACAUGGAGCAGACAGUCGUCAUGACGAUAACAUAG